GAUUUCGGAAAUGCUUUUAACUCUUUGGUCGGCCAAUCAGUCACUUGUUUGACCCCUGAUCUGAGGAUGCCAGUCUAAGGCCAAUAUGUUAUUUUGCUGAACAUGUUUUCUCAUCGUAUUCGAUUGUUCAGUUCACUUUAUUCUAAAAGUCCGCUGGUAUUCGCCAAUGCUGAUGCCUGGUCUCCUACUGAUUUUUGCAAAUACUUUUCUAAAAUAUCAAUGAAGGAGUCUGAAAGGACUCAGAGUACUAAUCAAGUGAAGUCAGAAAGUUUCUAUAAUACUACUACUACUUCUACCACAGAACCAUUUCACUGUCUCUCAAAUAUUCAACCACCAAGAUUAAAAUCCAAGUCAAGCGAUGACACACCCUUGGAAUUGAAAUAUCGAAAAGUCUAUGAAGAAACUUGGCGUUGGCUGGAUGAAUAUUGGUCUGCAUACAAUCUUUCCUACAUAAAGGCAAAGAAUGCAUUUCUGGCAAGAGAGAACAUGAAUAUCAAAGAUGUUAAAGCAGAUGAUUCAUGUGAACGCAAAGGAGUUACUGAUCUGGGGGCAUUCCAUCGGCAGUUUUUGGAGGAGAACAAACAGAAGAGGAUUCAUUUUAACCUUCAAUGGUACCGACGUAUUGCUUAUAUUGUAUACCUUAGUAUUUUGGUCGAUUUCCAACAGGUCUACAAUCGUCUUCGCUAUACGUUAUUUCCAAAACAAAAAGAUUUGGUAAAGAAGGAGAACGGGAAAGUUACUUAGUCAGUUAGAGCAGCUUUGUUUAACAACAACUUGUACUUUCUUUUUGUACAUGCCUUUUCUAGAUGACAAUAAAUAUUUUUCAAAUACUUC